AUGGUACAAAAGACACGAACGGAAGGUCCUUCGCAGGCGGAACAGCUCUUGCGAGUCACUUCGGGAAUUGCGGCAGAGCUCAUCAAAGCACACGACAUGAAUCAGACUGUAUCACUCAACGAGCUGCGUGCAAAGAUGAGCAAAAAGUUUGGCUUCGGUGGGGUUCCCCGGCUGGUCGAUAUUAUCAGUGCUAUUCCAGACGAAUACAAGAAAGCACUAUUGCCGAAGUUGAAGGCAAGACCGAUACGAACCGCUAGCGGGAUUGCUGUGGUUGCUGUUAUGUGUAAGCCUCAUCGCUGUCCACAUAUCGCGAUGACAGGUAAUAUUUGUGUGUACUGUCCAGGAGGACCAGACUCGGAUUUCGAUUACAGCACGCAGAGCUACACGGGUUAUGAGCCAACAAGCAUGCGAGCUAUUCGUGCACGAUAUGAUCCGUACGAACAGACACGAGGUCGUGUUGAACAGCUGAAGAGUCUGGGUCACAGCGUUGAUAAAGUGGAGUUCAUCAUCAUGGGUGGGACAUUCAUGAGCAUGCCAGAAGAGUAUAGGAACAAAUUUGUAGCUCAACUACACAACGCCCUGUCUGGAUUUACCGGUACAGAUGUUGAUGAGGCUGUUCGUUACUCCGAACAGAGUAAAUCGAAGGCCAUUGGUAUCACGAUCGAAACUCGUCCUGACUACUGUCUGAGGCCACAUCUCAGUCAGAUGCUCCGCUACGGCUGCACACGGCUCGAGAUCGGUGUACAGUCUGUCUAUGAAGACGUUGCUCGUGACACAAAUCGCGGACACACCGUUCGGGCUGUGUCUGAGUCUUUCCACCUCGCUAAAGACGCCGGCUUCAAAGUAGUGGCACACAUGAUGCCUGACCUUCCCAAUGUGGGCGUCGAGCGCGACCUGGAGCAAUUCAAGGAGUACUUUGAGAAUCCCAUGUUCAGGAGUGACGGCUUGAAAAUUUACCCGACAUUGGUGAUCAGGGGUACAGGGUUGUAUGAACUAUGGCGGACAGGGAGGUACAAGAAUUAUACUCCAAAUGUGUUAGUAGAUGUCGUUGCGAGGAUCCUGGCGCUGGUUCCACCAUGGACGAGAGUCUACCGAGUACAACGAGAUAUUCCGUUGCCUCUGGUAACAUCCGGCUGCGAGAACUCUGGAAAUUUGCGUGAGCUAGCUCUAAACCGCAUGAAAGACUUUGGUGCGGAAUGCCGUGACGUCCGCUUCCGCGAAGUCGGGAUCCAUGAGAUACACCACAAAGUUCGGCCGGAAUCGGUAGAGCUCCUUCGAAGAGACUACACGGCGAAUGGCGGUUGGGAAACGUUCCUCUCGUACGAAGACCCGGAAAGGGAUAUCCUCAUUGGGCUACUGCGUCUGAGGAAGUGCUCUGCGGAAGGGACUUUUAGGCCAGAGCUCGUACAGAAGGAAGGAUCGGAUGGAGGGACGAGUAUCGUGCGAGAGCUACAUGUUUACGGGACGGCUGUACCCGUGCAUGGGAGAGACCCAACGAAGUUCCAGCAUCAGGGUUUCGGCACGUUGUUGAUGGAGGAAGCGGAGCGGAUAGCAAGGGAAGAGCACGGGAGCGUGAAGCUUGCUGUUAUCUCAGGGGUCGGGACACGAGAUUAUUACCGUCGGUUGGGUUAUGAACUAGACGGGCCGUACAUGAGCAAGCCGCUGUUGUAAAAUUACAUCGGUCCUGUAUCGAUACAAAACUUUUGUACGUGGGUAUGCAAAAUCCUGCACCGUUGCCAUCUCUAUCCUAGAACUAGUGUGUGGAAAUUUGGAAACACCAACUCUUCUUCGACCGUUUUCCUGAUGACGUCCUGGAUGAACCUCUCUACCCGUGUCACAUUUUUUAGGACAUGCUUAUCGGCCUGCCCCAACUCGCUCUCAAUGAAGAUGUUCGGUAACAGCCUCUGGCCUAUGGGCAACGGUUUGCUACCGCGCUGCUGCGGAGAUGCGCCGGUGCCGUUGACGUCCUCGUCUGGC